CAGAGGGGAGAUUGCAUGUCGGACUCUGAAGUAUCUGAUGCCCACGAAAAUGAAAUGAGUAGUUCAAGCUGGUCUAAUCAGCAAGAGGACACAACCUUAGAUAACUGUAAGAACAACAGUUAUCAGGAGAAUGACAUGCUACCCUGUCUAUCAUCCACACCAAUACCACCGUCUAAAGCAAAACUCAAAAUGAAGCAUAUGGGACAGAAAGAGAUUCCACUUCUGAUGAUGAUGAUGAAACUACUUCAGAAAAACGGGUUAAAAAAGGCAGAGGCAGACCUCCUACAAAGGCUAAAGGCAAAGAACGACAACAUCAGCAGUCUUCAUUAUCACCGCAAGUUGUUGCGAAGACACGUAAACGUCAACGAAUGGCGGUCACUCAGGUCGCUGCCAAAAGGAGGUUACACGGUGAUAAAAACAUGCAAGAGGUUAGGCAUUGAAACAGUUGCUAUUUACAGUGAAGCUGAUGUUAAUGCAAAACAUGUUGCUUUGGCUGAUGAAGCAGUUUGUAUAGGACCACCACCAUCCAAUCAAAGUUACCUUGUUAUACAAAAAGUUGUUGAUGCAUGUAAAAAAACUGGAGCACAAGCAGUUCACCCAGGAUAUGGUUUUUUAUCAGAGAAUUAUCAUUUCUAUGAACAACUGGAACAAUCUGGUAUUGUAUUUAUUGGUCCAAAUAAGUAUGCAUUAAAAGCCAUGGGAGAUAAAAUUGAAAGCAAGCGUAUUGGAAUUAAAGCUAAAGUGAACAUAAUACCUGGUUAUGAUGGUAUUGUGGGUAAUGCAGAUGAAGCUGUGAGACUAGCUGAAACUAUUGGUUACCCAAUUAUGUUGAAAGCCUCUGCAGGUGGAGGAGGAAAGGGAAUGAGAAUUGCUUAUGAUGAAAAUGCUGUCCGUACAGGUUUUAAACUAAGCUCACAAGAAGCAGCUCAAAGUUUUAAUGAUGAUAGACUCCUGAUUGAAAAAUUUGUUGAAGAACCCCGACAUAUUGAGAUCCAGGUGAUGGGUGAUAAUUUUGGAAAUGUGGUAUACUUAAAUGAAAGAGAAUGUUCAAUUCAACGUCGAAAUCAAAAAGUUGUGGAGGAAGCACCAAGUCCAUUUUUGGAUCCAGAAACAAGACAUGCCAUGGGUACACAAGCUGUAAUGUUGGCCAAAGAAGUUGGGUACAAUUCAGCAGGAACUGUUGAGUUUCUCGUAGAUAAGCACAAAAACUUUUUCUUCUUGGAAAUGAAUACAAGGUUGCAAGUGGAGCAUCCAAUCACGGAGUUAACAACAGGUGUGGAUUUGGUUGAGUUAAUGUUACGAAGUGCUGCUGGCCAAGAGCUAAUAUUAAAGCAAGAGGAUGUCCCUUUAAAUGGUUGGGCUGUUGAAUGCAGAGUUUAUGCUGAAGAUCCCUACAAAAACUUUGGUCUGCCAUCUGUAGGACUGUUGCAGCAUUAUGAAGAACCCACACACAUACCAAACGUUCGAUGCGACAGCGGAAUUAAAGAAGGGAGUGAGAUUAGCAUAUAUUAUGAUUCCAUGAUAUGUAAGUUGGUAACAUAUGGUGCAGACCGACAGGAGGCUUUAAACAUUAUGGACAAAGCAUUAGAUUCAUACGUCAUCAGAGGGUUGUCUCACAAUAUCUCAUUGUUGCGUGAUAUUUGCGACAAUAAAAAGUUCAGGGAAGGGAAGAUUACCACAUCAUUUCUUAAUCAUGAAUACCCUGAUGGCUUUAAUGGAAGAAGUUUAAGUAUCCAAGAGAAAAAUGAGCUCCUUACGGUAGCAGCAUUCAUGCAUGUAAAACGAGAGGAUAGAGCGUCACGUUUCCUGAACUCAGAUGUUGCCUACCACUCUUCGAAACCAAUCUCUUGUGAUCUGUUUUUGCAGUUAGGCCACAAAAGGAGAAAAUAUGGAGUUACUGGCUUGUACAAUGGGGGAAAUUUAAAAAUUGGUAUUGAUGGCAAUGAAGCUAUUGAACUGCGAAGUAAUUGGGACUUGUCUUCACUUUGUAUUGAAGCAAAUGUAAACGGGAGAGAUGUCGUCCUUCAGAAUUAUGGAAGAGUGGGACAGACGUAUAAGAUUCAACACUGUGGCACAGUGUUUGAAGUAGAUGUAAUGGAGGCGUUACAAGAUGACUUAAGCGUUUACAUGAAAGAAAAACCAAAGGAGGAUGCUUCACCUUUUUUGAGAUCACCUAUGCCUGGUGUGGUAAUCUCAAUCUCUUGUCAAGUUGGAGAUAAGGUGUUUGAGGGACAAGAAGUUGUGGUUGUAGAAGCCAUGAAAUUACAGAACUCGUUAGCCAUGGCGAAAACAGGAAUUGUGCACUUGGUAAAUUCGGGUAUAACUUGGUGACAUCAUUCAUUUAUUAUUCAAUGAGCAAAUUCAUCGUAAUUCCAGUAAACGAUACAUUUUUGUUGUGGUGAAAUUCGUCUGUCAGCAUAAAUUCAAGGCGAUCCGUAGAACUCUUCAAGGAAAGGUAUGUUGAAAUGCCAAAACUCCAUGUAAGCAUGUCCCCCCAAGCGUUUAACUCCUUGGUGGGCAGCAAGGCAAGAAUUUUAGACUUUUUACCAUCUAGUAGGCAGUCGUCUUCGUCCAACUGAGGGCAAACAAGUCUCAAUCUUUGGUAAACGUCAGUCUUGUAAAAUGCAUCAUAGUCGCCUUUUGUGUAGUACUUUCCACCAGCUGGAGCAGGUAGGCCCAAGAGCUCUUGCAGAGGUCUGUUAAUCACCACCGUGUACCCGUCAUUGACACGGAGCCUGCAGAGUCCAUUUUUCAGGACAAACAGCUUGAUUUUGUCUUGUGCUUGACUGUUGACGAUAGUUGCCAGAUCCUCGAUCCUGUACAAACCAUUCAUAAUCUCGAUCCGAGUAACCCCUGAUCAGGCCCUGUCUUACGGAUGGUAAAAUCGUUGUGGGUAUAAAUGUUCAGCCACAUGGGUCGGAUACUGAUAGUCUUUAGGGCAAUCCUCGUAUUCUGCCCCAGGUAAUCCUCAAACAUCGUGGGUUUUUCAAUAUCAGUGAUGUAGAGUUGCUUCAUCUUUCUUAUAACAAAGAUGAACAUUUACUCGUACAACCCCAAGGCAGAGUACAAAUCCAACAGGGGAGAAUGGCCCCUUGCUAUAACAAACCUGGAGCACCAGGACCUGUACGUGUCUACGGAAUCACAUAUUUCCGUGGUAUUUCCCGAGUUUACAAAGUAUGCCAUCAAAAUCCCAACAAAUUUGCUGAAUGACCCUGUCAGGGUGGGUUGGACAUGACAAGCCUUGGACUACUGGAAUGUCUAGGUUAACUUCGCAACCCAUUGCGCAACCACAGCCUUGAGCAUCUCUGCCAAGCACAUGACGGGCUCCGUACCCCUUGUCAACUCGAUCUUCAAAUUCCAUGUUUACUAUCACCAAUGGCCGUAUACUGUCAAGAAUGAAGGUGCCCAGGCCUUAUGAAAACGGUUUAUCGCAGUACAAAAAUCCCUACUCAACCUCUGGAUAUGCACAAGUAUGCCGCGAAUACGGUGCUAACCCCGAUAGCCUGUACAAAUUUAAAGCUGUCAUGUCGUCACUCACCAACGGUUCAUGGUGGCCCCAGGUUGAUGGUGACUACGCCAAGUUUAUCAUGCCGACAAGCCAGGGUCUGACGUCGGAACGUCUGACAAAAUUGAGUGAAGUAUUAGCGUCUACGUGGUCUUGUUGCUUGGGUCGCAGGCGGGGACCAAGGCAUCCCUACUCGGUUCUGGUGCGGACCACUAUGCAGCCAGGCAAAUCUUGAUUCAGAAAUUUCAAAGUAUGGUGAAGAGGGAAGAGAAUGUAGGCCACGAUAUAACGUUUUUUCAGAAAGUGUACAAUAUGCCACAACUCCGGUGAAUUUUGCCGUCAUGCCCAGCGUGUACAUGGUGCCCUCAGACAUAAACCUAUGUAUCGGUAAAAUUGAAGGUUAUAACAACAAUAUCCUGAUUGCACCUGCCAACGUAAGCGUCGGGGUUCAGGUUUAUGUGAAUAACAAGCCUAUUGCAAAGCCUACGAAGAUGGCCAUCAAACAUGCGGCACCCCCUAAGCUACACCUCCCAAGCAUACCACACCUUCUAGACAUACUACACCACCUAUACAUACCACACCCCCUAAGCAUACCACACCUCCUAGGCAUACUACACCUCCUAGGCAUAGUAUCAAACCUGAACACAGGGAAGCCCCUAAACAACACGAGGAUACAAAAACUGCGUUGAUCACAGCAGGAGUAGGAUUAAUUUUUGCUUGGCUUAAAUAGGUCUAAUGUUUUUCAUCGACAUAUUAGACUUUUUCCCUCUUUCCAACGUAGGCGACGACAAAAGCAACGGCAGCCGCGUUUGCCAUGUACAGAUGCUUGGCUGCGUGUUCGACAAUUGUUGUUGCCACUCUGAGGAAGAACGAGACAACCGUACCAAUAAUCCCGGGUAAUGCAGCACCUGCGUUGGCUGCCAAGUAUUUCAGGAAUUUUCCCAAUCUGUACAACUGUUUCUCUACAAACCCCUUUCCUGCGGCACUUCUUCCUGCGGCGCCUCCGACACCCCCCCCCCCCCCCCCUCCUGUAACUGCGAGUACAGUGGUGGAAAUCAGUAGCCCAACAGCCGAGACGAUACUCGCUAUAGUCAGACCCUGUUCCUUGAACAAGAUCUUGAGCUUUUGAAGUAGGGACGUGUAAUCUCCGGCUAUUUUCAUUAUGGUUUCUUUGAUGACCUUCAGCUGACUAUAUAUUUCAGAGGAUAAUAAGCCAUGUGCUUCUUGGGUAGCCUUUUUUUUUGUUUCAUAGUCGGUAAAUCCUAGGGCUCUCAUACGCGUACUACCUAACAAUGUUUGUAUAGUGCCAACGGCUUUUAAGGCACCAUCCUGAUUCGUCAGCACUAUUUUUUUCAAAGUUUUAUUCCCUAUCACUAUUUCUUUGACAAUGAGUUGAUUCCCUUCCACCCUAAAAUAAUCGUAAUGUUUCGCAUUAAGCAGCCCCAGUUUCUCGCUAAGACGUUCGAAAAGGUCGUCGACUUUACCGUCUACCAGUAUUCGCCUCUGCCUUGUCGUGGUGGGAACACCCUGUUGUUCUCCUGGGGUUGACCCUGAAGGCCUUUGCGUUGCUGGAGUAUCUUCAUGUCUGUCAUCCGGACGGUCCUCCUCAUGUGUAAUAUCUGGUUCGUAUGCUGGGUUCAGUGGCAUUUAUUUAAAAACAAAUCUCUCUAUAAAUAAAUGAGUGCAUUCGAAACUAAAUUGAACCCCUACGCAGAAAUGAAACAGCUUUUUGGCCUAAAAGGGAGAAGGCAGCGCGUUUAGAUAAGCAACGUACCCUCUACGAAUAACCAGAAUGAAGACUUGUACGUGGAUAUGCCCAACAUGCGAGAAAAUGAGGUUAUUUUUCCAGAAAACAUCUAGCUACUACUUGAUCUAGAAGUUACGGCUACCAAUACAAAACGUACCAUUGUCAGCAACAUCUGCAAGACGUUGGUGCGAGAUCUUCGUAUACCUUUGAAUAACAACGAGGCACAGAACAUAUCUGAUUUUCAUAUCUUCGCGGUCUACAGAGACUUUGGCUACCCAAGUUUGAUCGUGACAAUAACCUGAUCCUGGAGGGUAUCAAUCCAAACGACGGUACUAUCCGGGCUCCUUAGGUGAAAGCCACUGACCAUGUCGGGACGGACGAAGAAAAGGCCAUUGUUGCGGCGUAUGGCAACACCUGUUGUGUGGCCCUCGGGAACAUGUUUGAGUUGACGAGAGACUUGCCCUUCUAUCAAGCGGGUUUGUACGAUCGACUCCAGUUCGUGAUUCAUUUCGCGUCGCACGGUGACGUCAUCAAGGAUGGAGGUACGGCAGCCUCGGGAUCUACCGCCGCUAAGGCGGCGGAUGCCGCGUAUAAGAUCGCCAAUAUCAAGCUAGAGUUUGAAAAGCGGAACCACGAAUGUCUCGCGAGCGCCAUGAUGUCACGUUAUGCAAGACUAGUGCUACCCUAUGAAAGAGUGCUCUGUAGCAAAGUGAUCACCAUGAAAAAAAGGAUACCUGCUACAAUUUACAACUGGAUACUCCUUCCAAGAGUUUUAAGGGUGUCUUUCUACUGUUCGUGAACCCUUCAAAAGUGAAAGCCUACUCAGCUGCCAACGAGGUCUUCUAUAACCCCAAAAUCGAGAAGAUAGCCUUCACUGUGGAAGGCGAACCCAACGAAUUGUACUCUCAUUCUAUGUUACCUAAAGAUCAUCUCGAGCAGAUUGUGAACCUUCGGCAGUCACGACUCUAAUGUUACGAUUGGAUGGUUCGGGAAGCCCCUUACAACGCCUCAGUGACGGCAAUACAUUGCACAUGACGGAAAAAGCCAACGGAACUAGGGAUAUACGAUGUUACGUGUAUUUGCUGCAGGAUGCCCAGCUCAAUAUCCUAGAUGGUAGAUUUCACAGCGUGGAGUACUAGUAGACCAACAUUUGUGUUCGUCCUAACGGCAAGCACAAGUCAACAUGGAAGGAACCAAGAGCUGCUCAAAAUGUAAACAUGUUUUAAUCCUAGAAAAUUUUAGGAGGUGGAAGGUGAAACUGACAAAGACGUGCGCCAGGUGCCUCGAUAUUAACAAAGCGUCAAAUAUCGCAACAUGUGUCCUCAUAAAAGGCGGAGGACCUAUUGCAAGGACUGUGGGGGAAUCAGAUUUGCCCUCAUCAAAGGGUGAGGUCCACUUGUAAAGACUGUGGAAGAAGUCAGAUUUGCCCUCAUUAAAGGAUAAGAUCGCGACGCAAAGACUGUGAGGGAAGUCAGAUUUGCCCUCAUCAAAAACAGAGGGCCUAUUCCAAAGACUGCGGGGGUGGAAGCAUCUGCGAACAUCAAAGGACAAGAUCUCAAUGCAAAGACUGCGGAGGAAGUCAAAUAUGCCCCCAUGAAAGGUUGAAGUCUCAAUGCAAGGACUGUGGAGGUGGAAGCAUUUGCGAACAUCAUCACAUGCAUGCUUGGACUUUUUCAAUUCAGCCUUGAUUUCAUCCCAGUCAGAUAUCAUGUUAGUCUCUUCGUCGAUUAGCCUGAUGUCCGACCUCUCAUGAGGGCACCAGAGGAAGAGCUGUUUCUUCUGCCUUCUAAGGGUCUUGGGCAAGGCUGUGUACAACUGCGUUAGUAGCCAAAGACUUUGCUUGCGAUGCCUACCAGUGAUGGCAAGCUCAAGUAGAGAUUGUCUCCGCUUCUCGAGGUUUUUAUCAGAUAUCAUAUCGUCAACGACAAACAACAUCUCUUCACCCGCCAGCAACGAGGCAAUUUUUUAAUCCAUUCGAAAAGUUGAUCUUUGGGGUUUAUCAGGAACACAUAGUCAUCCCUCCAAAGUGAGGACCUAUCAAGGUAGGUGCUGUUCCAUUGUAUAGUAGGACAUAGAAUGACUAUGUUGUGAAAAUGUCUUCUAUACUCAUUUUCAAGCAGGUCCAGGACACGUUGUGUUUUCCCGCAACUCGUUAGUCCCGUGAAGAUUGCCGUGUGUGAAUCCUUCACAACGUCUAACAUUUUAUUAAACGCCCUGUUUUUUAUGUAUUUUUGGAUAUAUCGAAAGGCAAUCGAUACAGAUCCACGCACUGCCGUGGUUGUUGACAAGAUGCCCCUUACUGCCCGUACGUGGUUUUGUAUAUGAGGGGAAGGGGAUCAAACGAUAGCUUGCCAUCUAGGUACCGCAAUAUUUUGCGAUAUCUCUCAACGAGGCGCGCCUUUUCCUGAGAGACGGGACAGGGUCCGCUGUUAAAAAGGGUAUCUUGAUGGGUGUUUUUAAAAGUUCAAUGUACCGAGGUACAAUGUUGUGGGAAAACAAGGUGUAUAAACGCAGGUAAUUUUCGUCUUGUUGGGACCCUUUUAUUUCUUUAUCAAUUCUCGCUAUAUCAAUCAUUUAUUUCGGAACGAUACUUGCGGGGAUCCACCCCUUCUUCACAGCCAUCUCGCGACUAGCUCUGCCCGCUGCAAAGUAGGCUGUCAUCUUCUUGACGUCGUUGGUGUCCAUUUUUGCAAAGGGUCGUGAAAUGCCUGGGAAUUUCUUACCGGCGAGAGCGUAUGCAAAGGUGAAAGAUAGUUCUACGACAGUCUCAUAGAGCAUGUCCAAAGUUUCCUUUUCCUUAAGGGUAAUGUUGCUUGUCAUGUGGGGUGUUGCUUUACUCGUCAUUUAUUAGUACAUUUUGAAAAUAUCAAUUUGAGGCUUGCCCUGUUGAGGUUCAGGGGCGGGCUUGUCCUCAUUUUUGCUUCCAAAUUUAUACCAUACCCCGACCCCUAUCGCGAGUACGGCAAGCGUCCCUACGUUGUAGAUGUAGACAUUGUCCAUCGACUUGUGAGGACCUGAUGCAGGUUCCUGAUCACCUGCUGAAGAACUUUUACCUACGUUCAUCUGUAAGUUUUCCUUGUUCGUGCGAUUCCAUUCCCCAAGUCUCUUGCCAGCAGCAACACGACCUUCGUUCUUCUUGGUUAUGACUUGGUUAGACUCCAUUUAUCUUAUAGCUCUGAAGGACUAUAAGAUAAGUUUUACCUGAUCAUCAAGGAUCCAUCUUUUUUGGCCAUAUGUCUCGCUGUAUGCCCAACUACCAAUAUAGGCGCUAAACACCUGCUAAUUGUGCAGUACACGUUAAUCCCGAGAUCCGCGAUUGCAUCUCUGAUAAUGGAGUCUUCUUCGAUAUCCUUACGUAAAUCAUCAACGCUAUCGAUGUCCAUGAAAUUACUAAUCAUGUUUGCAUAUAGGUUGACUACGUGGGUACAUAGUGCCUUGGCCGUUUUUUCUCCUUUUUCCUGUAAUUCACGUUGAACAUACUCGGGAUGUACCUUUUCGAUGGCGUCAUCAGGAGCCUUCUCGACAAAAUCUUCGUUACAUUUCUUCGGUAGAAGAUCCCCUUUGCCCUUACGCAGAGCUUCCUUCAGGACCUGGCGCUUAUCGAUACGUUUUUCGACAUAUUCAAAAGAGUCUGCGGAGGUAUCUUCAAAUAUAUUCGCGAGCUGAAUCAUUCUCUUUAUUGUAUUGCGGUAUCGCAAAAAACAAAACGCGAUCAGGAUAUAGGGUAAAAUUACACCGAUAUACAAACACAUUUCCAUUUAUUCGAAGUGUGUUUGAUCAACCGCGCUAGGCUACAGUCUACUCGCAGAUAUAUCGAUUACCUUUCUUUUGAUUAUCCUCAAUCCACAUGGGUUGCAUGUUGGUGUAGUGCAGUCUUUUCAAUUGUUCUUCCUCGCUAGGAUAUUCUCCAUUCUCUCUGUAUUUUAUCGGUAUUUUAUGGUCGAACUCCCACUGCCUUCGGUUUCCCCAGUUCAUGCCGCCCUUAAACUGUGUUUGGAUGUGCUUCAUGAAUGUAACAAUAUCACAUCCUAGAUAUUCCUGGAAUGUUAUCUCUGUAUCACGAUUUAGGACCUUCUGAAUCCUGUCUAAAAUAAGCUUAUGGAGAUAUCCAAGCCGAUCGCAUGCUUGACAUUGGUUUCUUUGUUUUUUGUGCGAGCAUUUUUGUACGUUCCCUUGAUGAAUUCUUCAUAUCGCGGCAUUUGAUGCAUUGCCUUGCUCGUUGUCCGUUAAGUUGAAUCACCCUUAAGUUGUCUCGUGAUAAAGUCUGCUUACAUUGCGUGCAUUUUCUGGCCCCCUCCAUAUUGUUUUGUCUUGUGAUGGUAGAAUUUUACAAAACUUUGGACAGCUUUUAGAAACCCUCGUUAUUCAGAGAUGCUUACAACAUUUCUGAAUAGGCAAGUUGCUUAGUUUAAAACAUAAGCGGGGAUGUAUGUACCCCAUCGUCAUGUACAGCUCUUUUGUCGUAAAACGCCGAGAGACCAAGCUUAUUCUGUUCAUACGUAACCAUACCCUGGUUGUGCACCCUAAAAUCUACGUUUUUGGUCAUGUCUCGACCACCCCUCAGCGUACUCAGGUACUUAGACCAAGUCAUUUUGCUUCUUCGACAUGCCCUUACAUGAAAAUUUCGUGCCAUUUUUUCCUUCUACAAAAUUGUACUUGGCCGUCAGGGCAAUCAUCCGAAACCCGAUGAAUUCUGCUUUGAAUAACCCUCCCGUUCGACUCGAAUAUUUAUCAGUGACGAGCCAGUUUUUUACGUCCUUGUCGUAAACGUCAAGCAGUUAGGGGCGAACGACAUUUUGCAACUCUUCUUCAGAGAUAGCAAAAUAGGCACUGUCAGUGUCCAUGUAAAUGUGCUCAAAAUCUCGACGAUCCACGUACUUGUCCAGAAAAUAAUAGUAAAAUUCCAGCAUACGAAGCUUCGCCAGUUGGUACACUGCGAUACCACACUGGUAGGCCCUAUCGAUACUAUAUUUGUGUUUGCUCCUUCUGAGUUCGUAAGCAUCUCCAAUCUCUUCAAAGUCUUCGAGGUACGUACUUCGGAGGGCUGCAUCAACCUCCUUUUCAUCCCUCGUGAACGUAGUAUUUGCGUGCCUCGCUAGCUCUUAAAUCAUCUUGCCGUAGAAGCUGUUCCCCUUUAACUUGGCAGUAUCCCCCGCCAUACGCUUGUCGGGGUCUUUAUCAGCUUGUCGUCGUGCAUCGGCAAUCUCCCCGGGAACCAUGCAAAUGGUUUACCUUGAGUGUACUUGAGGAACUGGUAAAAAGCAGUUACUUUCAGCCCAUGCUCAAGGUACCAUUUCAACAUGGGCGUAUACAGUAACAUCUUUUCAGCUUUUAGCAACCCUAAAAGCUUACGCGUACCUGGAACACGCUUGCGCCCCGUAGUUUUCAAGUACUUGUGCAUGUGGUCGGGAAAGUCUUCAUCAGGUAUUUCUUUGACGACAAAUAGCGGGGCCAUUUCGCUGAAUUUUUCACGCAGAUCUUUAGGUACCUCGAUAUCGACCUGCGCAAAGCCAAACAACGAUCCAUCUCGGAUACCUCGCGUCAAUAGCUCUAAGUUAUGCGCUGAUGUUGGUGUAGCCACCUUGAUCAGCUGUUCCUUCACACAAGGAAAGUCUUGCAUCAGGGUACUUGGGUAGAGCAUGUUUGCGUCGUACCCUAGUAUGGUCUUACACUCGUGGGGUUCUUUGUAAAUAUGAGAUCUGAUACCCGUCACGUCUCUUUCGUGGUACCUACAAAAUACGAUCGCGGGACCACCAACCAUCCCCGUCCGCAAGAGCUCGUAGACCUUGUUCCUCGUACAUUUUUCGCAUUUCUUGCGUACCUCUUUACAACUCUUACAAGUCUUGCUAUAGCAAGAGUCAUCGCACUUGUGCUUGCAGGGUUCACCUUGAGCGUAUAGCUCCAACUUGGGGUUCAGCCGUAGAGACUUGUUCAACACGUAGCGCAUCGACACACCUGGAAUGCUUACCGCUUCAAAAUGUCUAUCCCAUCGGUGUAAUACUGCAAUCUCGUCUUGUCCACGGCUUCAAUAAACGGUUCCACAUUGGCUAGGUUGUACUCGCGCAGCAUCAUGGUGACGCAGCCUCGUCUGUAAAACUCCGCGCGGAAUGUCUCGUACUCUUCAUGAGAUAGCGUGUUUUUCCCACUUAGCCGGCUUUAAAAGUUCUCGUGCGCGACAGCCCCUACAUGGUCCAACUUGUAGCUCGUCAACCAUUCGUAUGGAAACACAAGCUUUUGGAGCUUACAUUCCAGAGACUUGCACCAACCGUCAUAGCUCAGACCAGGAGCAAGGAAAUUUUUUUUAAUAUCGAUAAAUUUAAACCUCGAGGUUGUGAGGAACAUGUAGUCGUUGUCUUUCUUAGCCACCUUAUUCUUAUCCCCUUGCGCAAUUUCUUCGACAAAAUACCGCUUAAUCAGGUUGAUGUCGUACUUGCCGCUGUUAAACCCUAUUACAGUUACUUGGUUUACCCACUCGUUCCACAACUCCUUGUUCUUUUUGGAUAGCAUGUCGAAAUCGUCAGGCUUGGGGUACAUUCUCUCCACCUCUUUCACAAUGAGGGCAUGCCUUUUUUCCAGCUGCCCCACAAACUGUUUAACCAAUAGCUUGGGUUCCUUGUGCUCAUUGAACGUCGGGUGGUUAUUCAAACUAUCGCCAAUACCAACACUGACGGGGAUAUGUCUUGAAAGGUAUGUUAAAUCAGAUGUUUGCUGGUAAUUUAACGGUAGGAGAAGGGCUUCGAAAUCAAAUACAAUGUAAUGAGGAUAGGGUCUAAAUUCCUUCUGAAAGUACCUCUUGAUUUUGGGUGGUUUCUCACAUUUCCAGGCGUUGUUGUAACUCUGUUCCCGUAUUAUAUUUUCCUUAGAGUGGGUUGCAAUGUCCCGAUUCUUGUCCGCUUUGGUUCUCUCGGGCCGACAGGGAUAUCCGUGCCACUUAAAACCGUUGUACUCAUAAACGGUCUUUGAAAUAGGCUCAUAGGCGUAAACUUUCCACUCCUUUUUACCAUUACGGAUAACGCGUUCUCCUCCAUGCCAACAGAGUGCAUGAUGGAUAUGUCUUCCAGUUUCCUUUGACAUGUAUUCCAGCCAUUUUGAGGCAUCGUAGCUAAAACCCUCAUCGUAAAAGACCUUCUCCGCCUUGCUCGGCAUGCGUUUCACCUUCCCACCUUUGCAAAUAAUUGUCGUCUUGACACCCUCGCAUUCGUUCCUCUUAUGCGCGUGAGAUUCCAGGCCUCGUUAAAAACUUGGCCGCAUACCUCGCAUUCCCAGUGCUUGGUCAGCCUGUCUAAAUCCUUGAUGUAAAAACAGUGCCCGUCCAGCAUACCAAGAUUGAUAAUGUCUAAACCCUUUUUGUACUCCUUUUGUCCGUAAACGAGUCGCCAUGGUGCUUUGUCAGAGUUUGUCUUGGGCUCAAAGACUCUAAUGUUGACCUUGAAUUGUUUGGCAACGCCCUCAAAAUCCACCAGCCUCGUAGGUCUCACAUCUUUACGCUUAAGCUUGGAGUCCUUGUAGUACUCUUGGGCUAACUUGAGGGCUGUUUUUGUUUGAAACUCUGUUCCCCGUACUACGUCGUCCCUCUCUCUUACCGCUAAACAUCGCCAAAAGCAUAAGUUGUUCGUUCUGGCAUCUUUACCAUCCAUGGCUUAGAUGCACCUUUUUUUUCGCAGCCAGUCCAAGAGAGGGCCGCAUCCCAGAAGAAGUUCACGCGUGCUUAUCACCUUGAUCUGUACGUGACCAAAGACGAUUUUGCCCUCGUAUGCUCCUGGGGUCUCGGUGGUCCUAACGGGUGGUAAAUAAACCUUAGUCCAAAACUCGCCAUCCUCCAGAUCGAGACGCUUCAUUUCGCAUUUUUCAAUGAACCCUUCGAUUUCCGCUAUACUUGACAGCGACCUGGAGCUCUUAGUUUUGUGGUAAUAAGACACACCACCUCCACCCUUGUAAAUAUCACAGCUGAAGCUGUACACGACCUUAACACGAAUUUCUAUGUAGGGUUCAAUUUUUCGCAUAAUAGCGUCCUUUAGAGGUUGGUUCUAAUGCUUGUUGAACCGCCAUGUUUUGAUCCUAUUUCCAUCUUCCAACAUCUGGAUAUUGUCCCCCUGAUAUUCCUCUGUGUAGUCUUCCCGCGCUUCCUGUUCGACCUCGUCGUGCAGCGUUGUCCCUCCCGAACUUUGUUCCUUUGCCUUGUUGUCACUGCUGCCACUGGUGCCGACACGGUGCUAUAUAGUUUGCUGAUUGCAUUCUUAAACCAACUCAUUUAUUAUAUACAGAUUUUUUUGAAAUGGUGCCGAUGUUUGCCAUGGUGUGAUUAGGGAUUUCCCCUAAUUAAACAUGUUGGUCACGUUGCUGCGCAUGCGUUGAUUAUCAGCGGAUUUUUACUGAUGAUUAGCAGGAUGAGGUGGAAAUGAGGCGCAAUAAAAUCUGUGACGUCACAAGCAAAAUACUGUAUGUUAUUUUUUAUGAGAGUUUGACCGUGAGAUUUAAAAAAACUGGGUAUACGCCAUCCCUACUACUACUAAAAAACGGAACGUCCAAAUAUAUCAAAGUUCAUACUUUUUCUAAAUUCCAAUUAAAUUGAAACUCUAGCGUUCAUUUUCUACUUUUAACUUUACUUUACAACUUCUAGCUGCACUCUUUAGUACCGAACGAGCUUAUUGUGGCUUCCAACUUCACUUUUCUACUUCUACUUCUCCACUUGAACAUUUUUUUUCUUUUUCAUAUAUUCUUUUUUGAAACAAUUUACUUUUUGCACUGUUUUCAAGACCAAGGGACCGUUCUUUUGUUGUUUUUUGUGUGUCGAUAGUAACCUUGUUCCAAAUUAUAUGAUUUUUUAAUCCACUCUACUUUUACACUUGGACUUUUCUUGCUUUUAAUAUCUGCACUUUUUUUAGACUAAGGUAUCGUCAAAAGUGAGACAUUUUUUAUCCGCUUUUUUAGUUCGCUUUUUGUCGAGAACUUUGUCGAGAAAUUUUAUGUUUUGUUUUUACGCUGAAGGAACUUUCUAUUCAAAGGCUGCCCCGUUUUUAUCAGAUGGUUUCUAACGGUUCCGAGACAAAUGUAAACAAAAAAAAAUCGAAAAACGCGCGCAUUCGGGUGGUAAAAAUAUCCCCUUUUCAAAAGUCACACACAGAAGCUCUGUAUUAUUAUAAGAUUUAGCUACCACUCCUUUAGAAGCUAAUAUUCAAUUAGUUAUUUCUCUGAAAACUGGUCCUGAUCCUUUGCUAGAGCUUUGAGAAAAGCUAGGAUCAAGUUCAGAGUAAAAAUUCGUCAAAUUAAUGUUUAAUUCUUCGUUACUAUCCAUACUAUAAUUAUUCUUGUAUUAACUUUCAAUUCCGCAACUAAACUAAUAUGUUUAUUAUUAGAACCUGUGUAUAAUAUUACAGGGAGAAAGGAGGUCCAGAAAUUUUUAGUAGAGAUUUUUAACGGAGAUAAUCAGAACCUAACAAGGAAUGUGUCGCCGCCAUUAUAAUGAGCUACCUAUUGCGAAUAAUAAUUUAUAGCAAGCUGUCGACGCAGAUAAAAGAAAUUCUUGACUACAUUACCAUAAUGCAUUGCAAAUCAUUGUUUUAAUGGAAACCGUGAAUUAAAUCAAAUUCGAUAAGAUUAGAUGUUUACAUAUUUUAAAUCGACAAAUUGAAUUUGAAAAAAUGGGCCAUGUAUCGCGGAAAUCGUGGACUAUUUUGAAGUGUUCAGAACUUGCUUAAUGAUAAUACCUUGUUAUAUAAUAGCAAAAUUUCAAAUUAUAUAUAUAUAAUAUUACUUUAAAAUUAUUAAAAAUUAAUACUACUUCUACUAUUUGAAAUGUAUGAAGCAUAUACCAUGCUUUUUGUAUUUUAUUAUCGAGAGUGAGUAGCUAGAAUAGUAGCCAGUGCCUGCCUGAUAAUAUGCAUGACUAGCUAGCUACAAUCUUUGCAAAAUAUGUUAAGACAAGACAGCUAAUUUCAAAGUUGGCCACUACAAGUAAUUGCGUAGGCUAUUUCUAUCUUAGAUUCACACAUUUGUACUUGUCAAAGUUCACUUGUCAAUGUUUAGAGUGGGGUUUCAAAGUGGAAGUGAAAAGUGAAAGGGAUGUUCAGAUUGGAUUUAGGAUCUUAGGCUAUUUAGUUAAGUCUAAACUCUUAAAUUGUUGCUUAUGUCAGCAAAUCGUUUUUCACGAUUUUCGGGCCUGCGUAGGCUCCGUCGUGGAUUGUUUCGGCGUGCCGGCGUGCUAGAGAAUGUGAGAGGCAAAUUUUUAACGCUAUCUGCCUGGUCUACGUGUAUACAUAUUUGAAAAAAACUACUUCGUCUCAUAAUUCUUAUCAAAAUUGUAGCUAGAUGGUUAUAGCCUGUGUGGUGUGUAUUUUGAGUGAACAUGCAUAACUACAUGAUGAAUUGUAUGUCCAGAGUUGGUAAUGUACUCAGACAAACCUAGACUCAAAUGUCUUGGUUAUCCACUAAUUAUGCAGUUCAUAGCUCCUCCUAUAAAGCCUACAUGGCCUGUAUUUUUUUUUAAAUAUAUAUAUACAAAAUUUCAUAAUACCUGCAAAGUCUAACUUCCAUUUAACAUUGAACCAUUAUUUCCACAUAUAACCUAAAAUACUGUAAAAGUAUGCAUUUUACUGUCUCCAUUGGUUUUGCACUAAAAAGUAGACUGGGUUCUAAUUACCACUGGAACGUAACUUCGAUGCGCUCAGUCUCCUAUAUCCAGGGCAUGCUUCCAGACUAUCUCUGGUUCUUGUACUACCAUAGGUAGAACCGUUUUGUAGCCUCUUUAAUAAUCGUAUUUAACCUGUGACUUUGAAGUCACAAAUAAACUAAACAUUUUUGGCAUUGGAGAGCAAUACCUUAUGCGAACAAAUGAAUAAUUGAACUGUGAAUAUUUAUGUCCGUUAUAUAAAAUUAUGUUUCAUUUGGAGAAAUUUUUGAAUAAAUUUACCGACAAGUUCGCCUGUUUAAAGAAAACAAUAACAUCCCAAAAAAACAUUUUUUUGCACGUUAUUUCAGCCAAUCGGAGAAAAAAAAAGCUCUUUGUAAAUUGAAAAAUAAAUAAAAAUUGCACUCGUUUCUUUGUAGAAAAUAAAAAUAUAGUGUAGAUAGCCAAUCAAAGUGCGAGAAAAACUCAACCAUAUCAUAAUAAUAAUUACUACUUAAAUAGCCCAAAGAAAAAUCCACUGAUUAAGGAUUCGAAUAGUUUGAAGAUAUGUUUUGUAGACGUUAUUAAUGAGUUGCACAUAUCUGAAAGGUUGACGUUAGUCUGAUGCAUUGUCGUCGUGUCGUAAUAUCAGACAACGUAACAAAUAAGAGAAUAUUUGGUUGACAAUAGACGCAAAUUUUACAAUUUCCUCUAUACUGCGUCCUCCAGCCACAGAGGGGUCUCUCGAAUAACUAAAGGCGGUUUCCUGUGGGGAAGCAGGAGAAAAGGGCUUUUUUAGCUAGUAAAGCUAUUUUUCAGAGUUUAAUACAUCAAGUACUGACGUCCUUCGGACAAUGCUGAUUUCAGACAUACUUAUGAUAUCCAACGGGUAUUUCCGCUGUAUAAUACUGUAUAAUUU